CCGUACUACAUCGAGCCCAUCGCCUUAGACAUGCAGCUAGUCCAGAGAAACUGACGUUAAGGCUAACUCCUCAGUCACUGAGGGGAGUACACGUUCAUCUGUAACUAGCAGAGCUGUGGGAAGCAGUUUCUCACGUCGUACGCAUUGCGCAUUCAUGUGCGGGUCCACACGAAGAAAAAAAACCUUUCGAGUGUGAGGUCUCUGGGUGUGAUAAAAAGGUUCAACACUGUGUACAGGUUACGUGCCCACCAACGAGUACACACAGGUCAGACAUUCAACUGUGAGGAAGACGGCUGCACCAAGUUCUUCACGACGCUGUCUGACCUUCGCAAACACAUCCGCACACACACAGGAGAGAAACCUUUCAAGUGUGUGGAAGAUGGUUGUGGGAAGGCAUUCACAGCCAGUCAUCACCUCAAGUCACACAAGAUCACCCACACAGGAGAGAAGCCCUAUCAGUGCGGUCAAUGUGAGGGCAAGGCCUUCUCUACAUCUCACAGCCUCAAGAACCACCUGAACAGGCAUGUGGCAAAACAGGAGAACAAACAGAGCGUGGAGCAUAUUGAACAUUCAGAGUCUUCAUUACCGAUGAUGGAUGCUGAUGAGUUGCUGGAAACCAUGACAAAGUUCCAAACCUCCCAUCCCAGCAACCAGGGAAUCACAUUGUAUCCAGUCGAUGAGGAAGGUAACAUAGAGGUAGAGCCAGUGAUUAAGGUUCCCAUAGUAACAGCUGGAGUUAGGCCACGAUCAUCACAGCCUGCCUCUGAAACCACGCCCACCUCUCGUUCGUGUAACACUGACUGCAAAUGUGCUUGCUGUGACAUGCCCUUUGCUAUAACCCCCAGGGUCGUAAAAUCAAAAGUGAAAAGUGGACCACAGAAAAAGAACAGAUCUAGUAAACAGGAUGCCGCAAAACAACAAAAAACUUUUUCUUCAGAACAAUGCUGCUUUUCGCCGGAGAUAAGUGAUAAUGUAGAAGGUUAUUCAGAAUUACAGGAUUCUGAAUGUGUCCUGAAAUGUGUUGCGGAUCAUAAAUGUGCUACUACUUCUGGCAGUAAUACUUACAUUGGUUCCGGUCACAAUAAUAUUGAUAACAAUGUGGACAUGGUGUCCAGUGAUACAGGGGUACCCCUGAUAGACGGUGCAGUUCCCAAUACGGGGGAUGGGGAGGGUGUGGAAGAGGUGGGUGAGAAAGUACUUGUUCAGCAUUACCUACUGACCAGCAUCAUAACAAACUCGUCCAGCGGUAAACAGACCAAUCAGUUGAUCACCACGCCAAUCAUGCUGCCUAAUGCCUGUAACACAGAGGUAAACAGUGACCAGUUGAAACCGGUUCCUGUCCACUUGGUGGCCAACCUGCUUGUCGGGCAACAGUGCGAAAUGGCUACCGAAUCUCAGGUGUCGGCCAUCAGUGCAUUUAGGGCGGAAUUAAUACCCGAGGGCAUCAACACAGGGGUGUAUCCCAGCGAACAAGAUGCGGCAAUUUGUGCGACCAAUGAAAUUGAAAAUAUUGCAUACAUUAAACAGGCGAGCAUUGGAGACAUUGAAUCCAUGCCGUAUCCAAACUCAAUCUGUGAUAACGUUGAGGGAAUUACUAACAUCACUGUUUCAGAACCCAGUUUAAUGUCCACCCCUGUCGCUCCAAUGAUUAUUGAUGCCCAAUGUAUGGACAAAUGUUGCGACUACACGGGGACAGUAGUGGACGGAAGGGAGUUCCUACUGACUGGCCCACUGACCACUGACCUUCCCCAGGGUGGGAAUGUGGGUCAGGGGGUCAUGGUUAUUGGGCCAGGGGACUUGGAACUCUCAAUGGCAGCUUCACAAGAACUGAAUGACGCCCUCUCAAGCAUUUAGUUUUCAGGAAAUAUGGGAGACUCGUUUGGGGAAGACUGGGCUUAAUGCAUGGGAGUAAAGUGUCAUCUCAGAUUAGCCUGUGCAGUCUGCACAGGCUAAUAAGGGAUGACACUUUCUGCUUUUAUUUAAUUUUUAGUUUCAAGAAAGUUUCUAAAAAUUAAACGUCCAGUUUAUGCGGCAAGUGUCGUCCCUUAUUAGCCUGUGCACAUUGCACAGGCUAAUCUGGGAUGAUUCUAUGCAAAUGCAUUAAGCUCUGUUUUCCCAAAACUGUAACUUACAGACAUCUGUCAUAAGAGUCACUUACACUUCACCUUUCCCCACUGAGUUAUGUCUAUUUUGACAUAGAUUUCCGAGUUAAAGUUGUCUCUUGAUAGAUCUAUAAACUUUACUACCAGCGAAAUGGCAACUCAUGUUAGAGGUUUAUGAGUGACCAAGUACAUGUACAAAGUGCACUUUCAAUUCAUC